GAGAAGUGAUAGCCUUACGCGGCAAGCGAUCGGAACUGCAAAAGACGACGACCGCCUAAACGAAGAAUCUCAAAUUUCUUCUCCGACAAACGCUGCAUCCAGCACACACCCAACAUCAUGCACGAUUUACGCAAGAAAGCCCUCUUGGAGAGUGGCAAGACCGUUUCACGGAAGGCUAGAGCGCGGCCCGAUCCCCCACGCUCUACUCUCUCCCCCGGCAAUGGCUCUCCCGCAAGCUCGCGGCCCGGCUCACGGGCAACCUCAACGGCGGGGUCUCGAGCUGGAAGCCGUGUCCCCUCCGAGGACGAAGCGAGUGACUACGAGUACGACGACGCCAUGACUAUGAGCAGCGCCAACUCGGUGUCUGGCGAGGAUGUUUACGAGGACGAUACAAACAAAACGUGGCCGGAGAGGCUGCAAGACCGUAUUGCGGAACUUCAGGAUCGCAAGAGAAGCAGCGUUCAGGGCCGCGAGGCUACGCUGAAGGCAUACGUACACAUUCUGAAGCAUCAUUUUGCCCAGAAGUACAUUGAGAAGAACAUUUCCGACAUCAACGCGGCCCUCCUCCGCAGCAUCAGGAGCGGGAGUAGCGAUCAGGAACGCCUGCUCGCUCUCAAGGCACUUACAGCCACCAUCCUUACCUGCCCCACGGAGACGGUAUUUGAUCAUGUCUUUUCGGCACUCAAAGUAGCCUGUGAAAACGGAGAGGAGGACAAGAUCAAGGUCGAGGCCAUCACCGCUCUUAGCAUCGCCGUGACCCUCGGGGGCGGUUCAUCCAGCGCAGCAGAAGAAGUUCUCGACUUCCUCCUUGAAAUCAUCGAAAGCGACGGCCAAAGUGUCGGUGCCCCCGACAACGGUAGCGUCGUAGCAGCAGCUCUCCAAGCCUGGGCGUUUGUGGCCAGCUACGUGGACGACUUGAGCGUGCAGAGCGACCAAGCCAUGGAGGCCUUCAUGGAGCAGCUGGACAGCACUGACAGCGACGUCCAAACGGGUGCCGGCGUCAACAUUGCUCUGCUAUUUGAAGCUGCCCGCGACUACGAAGAAGAGACGGGCGAGAGCUCAGACAUGCAGUACAACCAGCACAGGAUCAUGACCCGCAUGGCGGAGAUCGUCCGCGACUCUUCCAAGACGGUUUCAAAAUCAAACCGGAAACAACUGAAGGCCAACUUCCAAAGCAUCAUCACCUCUUUGGAACGUGGCCUGGGUCCGGGAUAUUCGACUGCCGGUCGCGGUGCGGCGAAUCCCCAUACGGGAGGCUCCAAGUUGGAGAUAAAUGCCGGAGGCGAGGAGGACUUCGUCGAGUUUGGAUACCGUGAGAAGCUGCGGAUUCAUAACCAGUCUCUAAUUAUUGAUACUUGGUCACUACACGCUCGCGUGGACACCUUGAAGACUGUCCUCGGUGGCGGUCUGGCGACACAAUAUAUCGAGAACCCUGUGGUUAGGGAGGUUCUGAAGGGUGCGGACGUGGAGUAUAUAGCCAAGACUACCAAGAGGAGGUAGCUCUGAAUGAUACUGGGAUGGGAAAUGAAGAAGGAAGGGGGGUUCAGUACAUGACAGUAUUAGGUGGCAUUGUUACUUGGUUUCUCUUUGCACGCAUUUCUAGUUGUCAACAGGAGUCUUGGUAUAUCAUUACUGUCUUUGCAAGGCUUUGUCGAUUGUUUUUUAUUUUCAUCACAUCUUAUCAUUCUUACUGCUCGAUUUAUACAAGUAGAGUUAUGAGCCACAGCUCAGAUAAGAUGCUACGCCGAUCAGCUUAGGUUUUCCUCUUCAACUACAUCUUGCGUCCAUUCGGAUGCCAACACCUGUUUUUGGACAAUGGUUGUCAUUGUAUCAAUGAUCUGAGCUUCGCAAUAUCAACAGUUCCUCCAGCGACAUAGAUGACCUUCGAUCCCGUCUGAGCUCGUGUAAACACUGGAUAUCAAUAU